AUGUCUCUAUCGUGUGCCGUCGAAACAUGCAAAUGUAAAUCACGAGCAAUAUGUCAUUGUUGCAACAAGAAUAUUUGUCCUGGUCAUUUGAAAGAACAUGUUGAUUUAAUAAAUUCACAAAUGAAUCCUCUUGCUGAUGAAAUAAAUACUCUUGAUAAUCAAUUGUCGUUAUUAAAUGUUGAUGAAGUUAUUGGUAAAUGUCGUCAAAAAUUGGAUAACUGGCGUCAUGAAUGUCAUGAUACAGUUGAUCGUUUUUAUGAAGAAAAAUGUCAAGAACUUCAGCAGCGUUGUGUUGAAAAAGUGGGUGAAAAACGAAAAAAAAUUCAUGAAUUAAAAUUAAAAACCAAUGAACUUAUUCGAGAACAAGAAGCUACACAUGAUGAUAUUUGUUCAUUGAAAGCAACUAUUAAUGAUAUCAAACGUGACGUUAAUCAAUAUGAAGAGAAUGGCAUUGUAGUCGAUGUCAAUCCUUUAAUUAUUAAUCAAAAUUUAGUUUAUAUCGAACAAGGGACAUCGAAUGAACUUGAUGUAUCAACUCUUUCGUCACCUUAUCGAACAAUUGCUUGUUCCAAAGAUAAUUGGCCAGCAAUGGCUAGCAACAAUCAUUUUUUGUUAAUAGAUCAAUAUCCAAAUUUAUGUUUAUAUGAUAAAGAAUUGACUCUUUUAAAAGAAUACCCAUGGGACUAUGAUAAAAUUCCUGAUAUGUGUUGGUCAUCGACAUUAAACAGUUUUAUUAUCAUAACAAACAACAAUGGAGUUUUUCUCAUCAAUGAAAAUCUAAUAUCACUUGAAUGUAUUCAAACGAUCGAGAGGAAACGAUGGUUGUCUUGUACAUGCUCAGAUUCAACUUUAUUUUUGACGACGAAUGAGUUGGGUUCUAAUAUUUUUCAAUUCAAUCUUUUAUUGUCAUUUCAUUUCAUGAAACAAUGGGAAUCUUCUCAAACUUGUAACUCCGACGAACUUAUAAAUAAUAUUGCUUAUAACAAUGGAACGCUGGCUUUAAUAAUAGAAAACAUAACCAACGACAAAAAGCGCAUAGAACUUCGAUCUUCAUCAACAUUCGAUCAACUCUGGUCAACCACAUUCAAUGCAUCAUAUCAUUAUGGGCACUGGAUGAAUCGUGUUUGUGUACUCAAAUAUAAAGAAUGGCUUGUAAUCGAUCACAAGAAUUCACAUCUUUUACAUGUUAGUAAAGAUGGACAAGUAAAAGCGAAGCGUUCAUACGAACCAACAGUUAACAAUGCUGUUUUAUUUGCCCAAUUACAGAAUCUACACGUUACUUUUCUAAUGAGUGAUGCCAAUAUAGAAAAUGAGUUGCUACUUCCAAUUCCAUUAAAACAAACAUUCGCACCUGAACUACGUCACAUCAAUCUAAAAAUCUUUGGAGAUGUACCUUGGAUUUUAACUUUUUUCGCAGAUCUUCAACGAUACCGUCAACUCGAUCAAAUGAAUAUAUCAGAUUAUGAAAGAUUCGCUGAUUAUAGUCAUUUUCCACGAGUAGCAGUUUUACGACACUGGUUAACAUUAUCAAAAUCGAAGAUAUUCACAUUUAAACUGAACUUGGACAUAAUUUAUGCCUUUAGUAAUCGCGAAAUUCGAGAAGAGAUCUUUGCCGAAUAUCGACUAGCAACUGGCACAGAAUCUGCAGCACGAUAUGGAAAAAUAAAUCUUUCCUAUCCAACAAUGGUGUUUUCAUAUCCACUGGAGACAGAUGAUCACGAAUGGGAAGAUCUUGAUAGUAGUGAUUCAACGCAGGGCUUCGAAUGCGUUGAAGAAAUGGACAUUUAUGAACUGGAUUAUGUCAAAGAUGAACGGCUUGUCCAAUUAGAAGCAAUACCUUGUUGGCAUCAUUUGAGGAAAAUUAAUCUCGAAGGUGAUUGUCCUGACGAUAAGGGCGUUGUUGGCGAAAAUAUUUCACAUUUACUUCAUAUUGCUCAACGAUCAUCCUAUUUUAGUGAACUAUACAUCGAAUCAGAUCUGGAUUAUGGUCGUGUUCUUUCAUUGAAUAAACAAUUUGGAAGGUUACUUAGUCGUCAGCUUGUAAUCUUACAUUAUACUGCUCAGGAAGCUAAUAGUUCACUUGGUGAUCUUGUUCGUAUUAUUGAUAAGUUAUUUAGUUAUGGUCAAUCAUCACCACGUUUAAAACAAUUAAUCUUAAACAUCGAUGCACAUCCAGAUUCCUGGCUUUCUACUCGUCAUUUAGUUCUUUCGUUCGAAAAAAUAUUCAAACGUUUUCCAUCACUUACUCAUUUGACUCUAAAUUGUAAAGCUACGGAAGCAUGUCGGAAUAGUGUACAAAAUUUAUCGACGUUAGCUUCUGAAUGGUACGUCGUCUCGUUACUUUCUCGAAAGAUGCCAAUGAGUUCGGUGGAAUAUCGACAUAAACCACAUUUGAUUGAAAUUUGA